AAACCAAGACCCACCGGGGGGCGGAGUCUCGCGCGCCCGCGCCACGAGGCUCGGCCAAUGGGAAUGCGCGCUGCGAGGCCAGGAGGUCUGCGCCGCGGGGCUGAGAACCCGGCGCGCGCCAGCAAAUCCUCCCGGAGCCCGCGGGUCCCGAACACGCGCUUGACGGCCCCUGCCGGGCCGCGCGGCGUCGCCCAGCCAGCCAUGGCCCCCGACCCGGUGGACGACGAGACCCCGGCCCAGGGGCCGGCCCCGCGCUACUUCACCUGGGACGAGGUGGCGCAGCGCUCGGGAUACAAGGAGCGGUGGCUGGUGAUCGACCGUAAGGUGUACAACAUCAGCGAGUUCACCCGCCGGCACCCAGGGGGCUCCCGGGUCAUCAGCCACUACGCCGGGCAGGAUGCUACGGAUCCCUUUGUGGCCUUCCACAUCAACAAGGACCUUGUGAAGAAGUAUAUGAACUCUCUCCUGAUUGGAGAACUGUCUCCGGAGCAGCCCAGCUUUGAGCCCACCAAGAAUAAAGAGCUGACUGAUGAGUUCCGGGAGCUGCGGGCCACAGUGGAGCGGAUGGGGCUUAUGAAAGCCAACCAUGUCUUCUUCCUGCUGUGCCUGCUGCACAUCUUGCUGCUGGAUGGUGCAGCCUGGCUCACCCUUUGGGUCUUUGGGACGUCCUUUUUACCCCUCCUUCUCUGUGCAGUGCUGCUCAGUGCAGUUCAGGCCCAGGCUGGCUGGCUGCAGCAUGACUUUGGGCACCUGUCAGUCUUCAGCACCUCAAAGUGGAACCAUCUGCUACAUCAUUUUGUGAUUGGCCACCUGAAGGGGGCCCCCGCCAGUUGGUGGAACCACUUGCACUUCCAGCACCAUGCCAAGCCCAACUGCUUCCGCAAAGACCCAGACAUCAAUAUGCAUCCCUUCUUCUUUGCCUUGGGGAAGAUCCUCUCUGUGGAGCUUGGGAAACAGAAGAAAAAAUAUAUGCCCUACAAUCACCAGCACAAAUACUUCUUCCUGAUUGGGCCCCCAGCCUUGCUGCCUCUCUACUUCCAGUGGUAUAUUUUCUAUUUUGUUAUCCAGCGGAAGAAGUGGGUGGACUUGGCCUGGAUGUUGACCUUCUAUGCCCGCCUCUUCCUCACUUAUGUGCCACUGUUGGGGCUGAAAGGCUGCCUGGGCCUUUUCUUCAUGGUCAGGUUCCUGGAAAGCAACUGGUUUGUGUGGGUGACACAGAUGAACCACAUCCCCAUGCACAUUGAUCAUGACCGGAACAUGGACUGGGUCUCCACCCAGCUCCAGGCAACAUGCAAUGUCCACAAGUCUGCCUUCAAUGACUGGUUCAGUGGACACCUCAACUUCCAGAUUGAGCACCAUCUUUUCCCCACGAUGCCGCGACACAAUUACCACAAAGUGGCUCCCCUGGUGCAGUCCUUGUGUGCCAAGCAUGGCAUAGAGUACAAGUCCAAGCCCCUGCUGUCAGCCUUCGCCGACAUCGUCCACUCACUGAAAGAGUCAGGGCAGCUCUGGCUAGAUGCCUAUCUUCACCAAUAACAACAGCCACCCUGCCCAGUCUGGAAGAAGAGGAGGAAGACUUGAGCCAAAGCAGAGGGGAGCUUGAGGGACAAUGCCACUACAGUUUAAUACUCGGGGGGGGGUGGGUUUGGGGACAUAAAGGCUCUGACUCACACUCC